AUGGGCUCCAUCAGCAACACGCCAGCGCUCGCCACGAACCCCCAGUUCAUCUUCUUCACCGAUUUCGAUGGCACCAUCACGACGGCCGAUUCCAACGACUACAUGACCGACAAUGUCGGCUUCGGGCCCGAGAAGCGCUUCCAGCUCAGCCAGGACGUCCUCCACCGCGGCCGGCCCUUCCGUGACGCAUUCCAGGACAUGAUGGACAGCAUCGAGCUGCCCUUGAGCGAAUGCAUCGCCCUCCUGCUGCGCGAGGUCAAGCUCGACCCGGGCUUCAAGGAGUUCUACGACUGGUCUCGCGAGAACAACGUGCCCAUCGUCAUCCUCAGCGGCGGCAUGGAGCCCAUCAUUCGCGCUCUGCUCGACAGCCUGCUCGGCCCCGGCUGGGACAUUCAGCUCGUGAGCAACCACGUCCAGGCGCGCUCCGGCAAGACGCUCGACGACGUCGCCGGUUGGCGAAUCCAGUUCCGCGACGACAGCAGCCACGGCCACGACAAGUCGAUCGAGCUUCGCAAGUACUCGUCCCUGUCCCACCGGCCAACCAUGUUCUACGCCGGCGACGGCAUCUCGGAUCUCUCAGCCGCCAAGGAGACGGACCUGCUGUUUGCCAAGGCCGACAAGGAUCUCGUCACCUACUGCGAAAACGAAGGCGUGCCCUUUGUCACCUUUCGCGAUUGGACGACCAUCACGCAGACCUGCAAAGACAUCGCGGCCGGCCACCUGACCGUCCAAAAGGCCGCCCUGGGACGGAUCUGA